ACGGUGAAAAUGUAAUCGGAGCUUCACAGCAAAAUAGAUAAUUCUUUGAAUGUCAUUUUAUCUCUGAGUCGGUGACACAUAAGUGCUGCGAGUAAUCGAUGACAUGAAACUUUCAUAGUGAUUUGCAAAAAUGUGAACAAGAAACCGGGCAAAAGAUUUUAGGAGAUUAAUUAUUAAAAUUUAAAUUGGGGAUAUUUUUAAUUGAGAAUUCGGAGGAGCAACGAGUGUCAAGAGAACUCUUGUUUCAUUUGGCUGGUCAACGACAACUUACUGCACGAUGAAAGUACACGAAAAGAGGGAGUCGAGCAUUCACAAAGUGCAAGAGGUAAUGCUGGAGGAGAUUGAUCUUACAAAGGAGUAUAAUGUGGAGAAAACUUUGGGUGAGGGAAGUUUUGCAAAAGUCCUGCUGGCGACUCACAGGCGAACCCAGACGCGUGUUGUCCUGAAGGCUGUCCACCAAGAACUUACCACUGAGAAGGAAUUCUUCCGUGAAUUUCACUACUCGUAUCAUCUCAGCCCACAUCCUAAUAUUCUGAGCUCGUACGAUGUGGCUUUCAAAGCUGAAAAAUGCUACAUAUUCGCACAAGAGUAUUCACCGUUUGGGGAUUUAGCUGGUAAGGUGAGAGCCGGUGGUCUGAGUGAGGACGUGUGCAAGAGAAUUGCUGGACAGUUGUCAUCUGCUCUAGAUUUUCUUCACUCAAAGCAACUGGCACAUCGUGACGUCAAAUUGGAAAAUAUCCUGGUAUUUGCACAAGACAUGUCUAAAAUAAAAUUAUGCGAUUUUGGAUCUACCAAACGCGAGGGCGCACUUGUCAGUAAAAUACGAGGCACCUGGGUGCCAUUCAUGCCACCUGAGAUUCAUGAAGUCAUCAAGAAUGAGAGAUACACUUGCAAACGUAGCACUGACUCUUGGCAAUUUGGUAUUGUUUUGUUUGUGUGUUUGACUGGGAAUCCACCUUGGCAGAGUGCUGAUCCAAUUCAGGAUCCUGAUUACUCGGCAUUUCAGAGAUGGCUCAAAAGACGUACCACCCGGAUACCAAAUACAUUCCGUAGAUUUACACCACGUUUACUGCGGUACUUUAGACGUGUAUUUGAGCACAAGUCUGAAAAACGAGCCUUGAUAACGGAGAUCACCAAAUAUUUGAAGGACACAUGGUGUUUGAAUAAAUUGAGUCACAGUGUAACAUCAACGUCGGUUGAAGUCAGUGACACACAGAUAGCAAGAAGGGCUGACAGUCUCCUCUAUCUUGAUACUAUCGUCGAUGAAAGACUCAAUAUCGAUGAGAAUAAGAAUAAAUUGCGUAAACUACUCAACAGUUAUGGCCUGGAAACUGCUGUAGAUCAGAAAGUUGUCUCCAAGAGAAUUUGGGAAUGGGUCAUGCAGUGUGAUUCAAAUAUAGGUGAUUCACAAUAUCUCAGUCCACUUCCAGCAGAGUCUAUGUGAGAUUUAAUUAAAUCAUCAAGUGAACCAUGCCUAAUUAAUGAUUCAAUCCGUGAGGUUAAACACUUGAGUUUUACCACCCUCACACUACCCACUGAUAAUGCAUUAUUUGAUGAUAGCAGUUCAAUUCUUCGUCGUUCCCCUCUCACCGCCCAUCAGAACUCUCUCGUUCAGUCAACCAGCUUUCGUGCCAAAAAUUUCAAUUAAAGUCAAAGCUAAUUUUCCCUUCCCCUCCUCACACAGCGUUAAUUAAUAAUUCAAUUACCAAGAGGAAAUCGUCAUGAUUUUAUUUCUUUUUACUAUUUCAAAGUGUUCAAUUUUUUUCUAUAAAGGUAAAUUCAGGAGAUAAUUAAUGGGGAAACUCUAGAGACAAUAAUAACUCAAUCGAUCCCUAUUUUUUAGUCAUUAGAAAAUUAUUAACUCGUGGGCCUAAAAAUUUGAUGCAUUAGAGCCCAACAAUUUGCAAAGCCAGUAAAUAUAUUAUAUAUUUUCGUCUUGAACUUUCUCUCAAAUUCUGCAUGAUUCUACAUGGACCAGUACAAUAUACCGAGAACAGUGUAUACAUUGAUAAAAAAAAAAACUUCAUAGACAUGUAAAUAUUUAAUAUGCCCAGUGUUGAACGAGACCAUAAAUCUCAAAUUUAGAGAUUGUCAAUUUUCGAUCCUACGUAGAAUAUCGCGUGUGGUCGUAAUUUGAAAUAUAUAUUAUAUUCUUGUAGAAAAUUUAUGUACAGAUAUUACUCCUUGAGAAUUAAUCUGUGUGACAUACACUGAGAAAAAUUCACAGUGUGGAUCAAAAGUGCCGGUGUUGAAUCAAGGAAAUGAUAGUUGGAUCAAAAAAUCAUCGCCGAUUUUCAUUAACAUUGAAUGUUCACGAAAAUGCAAGCAUCAAUUAUUUUGGCAGAUUAUUCAACCUCGUUCCCGCUUUUGAUAUGACACGCGAAUUUUCCUUAGUGUAUCCGAAAAUAUAAUCUCACUGAAUUAAUGCGAUGAGAAAAAAAAUCGUUAAAAAUAGCUAGAUUAUUGCAUACUCUGAUAACGAUGAAGUACGAUAAAACCAAAUGUUAAUAAAACUCACGAUAUUUACGGAAAUAAAAAUGAAAUAAAGAAUUAUAGAAUUGCAAAUAAAGAGGGUAUGAGAAGAGUUGGAGUUAAGAGCAAAAGCUUCCAAUUAAUGAACAAAUAAAGAAGACUGAAUCGAAUUAAUUAAUAGUAUCUGGCCGGAAUAAUGUCGACUGAUCAGAUUGGUCAUUAGGUACACAAAUGCCCUAUCUGGUGUGCUAACUACUUCAUUAUUAUAACAACUGAUCAGAUAAUCGAAUGAUGCUCAUUAAUUGGUAUCUGCAAGCAAAAGAUGUGUUAGUACCGAUAUUCAAUGCUGACACUCGGUAUCAAUACCUGUCAUUAGACUAUUUAUAACUGCUAUUUGAUAGAGCCAUGUAUAAAUUUUUAAUGUUUUAGUGCAAUGUGCAAUGUUUCAGUAGAGUAGACAGGACGUUCUAGUAGAGCGGCCAAAGUCCGUGAUAACUGUACGAAAAUAAAAAUUCAUAAUGUAUUUGAGUGAACAAACACUCUAGUAAUUAUACGCUAUUAAUAAAGAAAUUAAUUAAAAGUACACGAAUAAUGAGCUUAGCACAGGAAGAGAGUUGAGGGUAUGAACCGAUUUGAUGAUUGCAUUAGGCGUUUUUACAUUUAUACGUUUACAAAUAAGAGAUCUCAGUGGAUAAAUUUAUUUUUAAAACCCCUUUCAGGCACAAUGUUAAAUGUCUAGUUACUUGAAAGAGAUUAUAUGUAUAUAAUCAAUUAGGAUGAUGUGAUAAAGUUAGACCAGAGUGAUGUCUUUAAUGUAUAUUGAAAUGUAAAAUUGUGUAUAUAUCAGAA